CAAUCAGAAGAUGGCCUCGCUGCUCUGUCAUCAGCUUCUGAUUGAGGAAGGCUCUGUUUUUGUGCUCUGUUUGUGGAAGCUUGAUAAAAUGCCAGGUCUCUGCAGCCUCUGGGGAGAGCCCAACUUCUCUAUGAUGCGAUCGAUCGCGCUUCAUCCUCAUUAAUACAAUACGCUGGCUUCAGGAGCGAAAGGGGUGAUUGCCGUCUGCUUGAUAUUCCUCCUUCAGUGAUCUUAUUGUGGGCAAGGGGAUUGUAAGAGAGCACUGUUAGACGUAUUCUUGCUGGAGCUUCCUUAUCCCACAUUUGCAUUUGAUCGUUAAGGUGAUCCAGUGGGAAUAUCAGACCUCCAUGUACGACAACUUGUACCUGCAUGGAUUUGAAGACUCAGAGGCGGGUUCCGCCGAUUCCUACACUAGCAGACCAUCCGACUCAGAUGUCUCUCUGGAUGAGGAGCAGGGCGGACGCCAGGAGAAAGAACAGCAGGCCACCGUUCAGCUGGAGAGGGCAAAGGCCAAAGCAGUGGCCUUUGCCGUGAGGACAAACGUCAGCUACUGCGGUGCCCUGGAUGAGGAUGUUCCUGUCGCUGGGACUGCCAUUUCCUUUGAUGCUAAAGACUUCCUUCACAUCAAGGAGAAGUACAACAAUGACUGGUGGAUUGGGCGACUGGUGAAGGAAGGCUGUGAUAUCGGUUUCAUCCCCAGUCCCUUAAAACUAGAGAACAUUCGCUUACAGCAAGAGCAAAAAAGGGGCCGCUUCCAUGGGAAGUCCAGUGGGAACUCUUCUUCCAGUCUGGGUGAAAUGGUGUCAGGCACCUUCAAGCCCAACCCUGCUUCAGCAGGUAAACAGAAACAGAAAGUGGCCGAGCACAUUCCUCCAUACGAUGUGGUCCCUUCCAUGAGGCCGGUGGUCUUAGUUGGCCCAUCACUUAAGGGAUAUGAGGUGACAGAUAUGAUGCAGAAAGCGCUCUUUGACUUCCUGAAACACAGGUUUGAAGGCAGGAUAUCAAUCACAAGAGUCACCGCAGACAUCUCUUUGGCCAAGAGAUCUGUGCUGAAUAACCCUAGUAAGAGAGUCAUUAUUGAGAGAUCCAACACCAGAUCCAACCUGGCGGAGGUUCAGAGUGAAAUCGAGCGAAUUUUUGAAUUGGCCAGAUCCCUUCAGCUGGUUGUGCUGGAUGCCGACACGAUCAACCAUCCAGCCCAGCUCAUCAAGACUUCUUUAGCUCCCAUUAUUGUCCAUGUCAAAGUGUCUUCUCCCAAGGUGUUGCAACGGCUGAUCAAAUCACGAGGGAAGUCUCAAAGCAAGCAUUUAAAUGUACAACUGGUGGCAGCAGACAAACUAGCUCAGUGUCCUCCAGAAAUGUUUGAUGUAAUUUUGGAUGAGAACCAGCUGGAGGAUGCAUGUGAACAUCUGACCGAGUAUCUGGAGGCCUACUGGCGUGCAACUCACACUUCUCUCAGCACUCCUCUGAACCCUCUGUUGGGACGCAAUCUGGGCUCCACUGCACUCUCACCGUACCCCACAGCCAUCUCUGGACUACAGAGCCAAAGAAAUAAAAACAGCAAUCACAUCAGCGACAACUCUCCGAUGGAGCGACGCAGCUUGAUGACGUCUGAUGAGAACUACCACAACAACGAGCGGCAAAAGAAGAGUCAUAACCGCCUGUCCUCCAGCUCCCAGCAAAGUCGAGACCACUACCCUCUGGUAGAGGAGGAGUACCAUGAUCCCUAUCAAGACACGUACCAACCUCACCGCAACCGGGGCUCCCCCGGGGGCUACAGUAACGACUCGCGGCACAGACUCUGAACAUCCAGUCCACUACAGCCAGAGCUAUGAGAUCAAUUUCAUCUAAUUGUGUAAACCCUUUUCUGAAAAUGCAGUGCAUUGCUUUCACUCUGACACAGGUCCCCAUAAAUGGGUCAUCUUAACUGAAAGCAAAAUCCGAGCACCCGGUCCAUCUAUGUAAGGCAGUUGUUUUGCAGCCCUUGCGCAUCUCUUGUCAGGCAGUUGGAGUUGCUGAUUUUAUCUGCAAUGGCUGAGAUAAGUAGCUCUUUUGGAGGAGUGACAGCUAUAGUACCUUCUGGUCCAUCCAGUUUCUCCUUGUAGAGGCCUAAGCCCUGCAAUUAAUUGCUAACCUAAAAGUCCUGCACUGUCUAGAUUUGCAGGACGUUUUGUGAUGGCAUGCUAAUUUUCAUCCUGAACUAGUCCCAGCAUGCAGAAAUGCUCAACAGUGCCAAGACCCAAUCAGCACAGAGCCUUUUUUGCACAAUUUCAGUAGCCAAUGGAAGUGUCAUGCAUUCACCGUUCUGUUUCUUCCUGUUUUUGUAUUUAUGUUAGAUGGUCUCUUAUUUUGCCCAAACAGCCUCAGGUACGAAACGGGAAUGCUUCAUAGGUGCCAAAAUCCAAGGGGUUUCUUUUCCAACAGUCUAUUUUCAUAAUGAUCUCUACAGACAGUGUCAACAGACACUUUUUUUUCUGAGCAAAAUACAAAGGAUAACAUAUUAUCCUUUUUUACGUACACCAUAAUGCCUAUAGUUCACUCAGCGCUUCGCCCAGGCCUAAAAGUGGGAUGUUGUUGCAAAAAAUUACACCAGAGCACCAGUAUCAGGUCGAUUUGAUCAUUUUAAAUGACUCCAUUACUUAGUAAUAGUAAAUAAAUGAAUCUCAUGAAACCUUACAAGAUUUAAAGAUUAUAUUUCACCCAAAAAGUCAUAUAAAUAUAAACAAUAUAAAUACAGUAAAGCCUGUUUUAGGACCCUUAAGACUCAAAUUGUGACAUUAUUUUCAUAAAAAAAUAAUAAAAAAGAAUCAUCCCCUUCUCUAUUUUAAUUGCUGCAAUAAAAAACUACUAUUUUUUUGUUUGUUUACAUUGUAAAUAAUUAUUCAUCAUGAUGGUGUUUGUUAAAUUUGAAUAAUUACAUUAAAUAGUAUUAAACAGAAAAAUGGGUUAAAAAUACAUAUGGAAAUUCAUAAGAAUUAAAAGGGUCAGUUGUGAUUAAUUAUCAUUAAAAUAAUAGUAUUAUAAUAAAAAUUAAAAACUUGUCCAAAUCAACUAUAUUUUCUUUAUGCUAUAUAUGUAUUUUAUUUAUUUAUUUAUUUAUUUACUUUUGUUAUUUUUGGUGAAAUGUGACCUGAGCAUGUUUUGUGAGAUUCUCAGGGGUUUUGUUGAGCUCAUAUGACACUCUUGAUAGAAACAGCGCAGUAGCCUGUGUCAUUGAAAUAUAUGGCAGCUGAGUGGAAAUCAGUUAUGUCACUGAGGGAGUGUUUACACAACACAACUUUUAACAAAAAAUUAUAAUCUUAAUAAUAGGUUAAAAAUAGGAAUUGUUAAGCAUGUUGGCCAUUUAUUUACAAAAAAGGCCCUGAAAAUGCAACCUUUGGAAAUCAAAGUGGACGUUUUAAAAAACGUAACUAUUAUCACGUCUGUGUAAGCUAUAAAAAAAAAAAAAAAACAUGAAUUUGUUAUAACAGUGAUGCGCAAGAGUAUUACGUGUUUGCACAGUGUUUCUCUACAAAGUGAGAUUGCCAACUACUGGCCUGGCAUGCAUAAUACAGCAUUUUUUGUUAUUUUAGCAAAUCCUUGUGAACAGGGAUCAUUUGGAUAAUGAUGUCAUCUGUACAAAAAACAUUUUCAAAAACGCAAAACUUUUCUGUUUUUAGUACACUCUUGUUGUGUAAACCUACCCGUAGUCAGGUCUGUGGAUCACCAUAAAGUUAAUCUGUUCUAAUAAGCUUUAUGAAACAAGUCAUUGAUUAUUAUGACUACUAGUCUCGAACUAUUUAGUGUAUGCCUGACCUAUAGUAUAGUUAGUUACUGGUUGCCGUAGCAGAUACACUAUGUAUUGGGGUUAAAAUUAGACGUUAGACUAAGAUACAACAUAAAAACUAUAAAAGGAAAAAUUCAUUUUUUUAUUUUGUAUUCAUUUUUUUAGUUGUUUUCAUCAAGCCUGUAUGGAAAAGCUGUUCACACACACUGAAGUGCUCGGAUGAACAAAUCAGGUGUCAUUCCUGCCUUUGCAUGUGCAAAACUACUUUCUUCUGCUGGCUUACAUGAUUAUGACAAAAAAGCAUCACAUUUUUUCUAUUGUAUUAGAUAUUUCUUCAACUCCAUUGUCAUUUAUUCAAUGAAAAAUGCUUAAUGAUGUUUGUUGAACAGUCCAGACAAUGCUUGAAUCGAUGUUAGCAAAGUUAUUUCAAAGUUGUCUGGAUCUUGACAUUUGCAUUUUUCUCAACUCAUUUCUUGGUACGGCAAAUCGCAAAAAUUUCCGCAAUCUGACCUGAUUGCCUUAAUUGUGUUGUGUUGUACAGUUUUUCCUCUCACGGAGAUCGCUGUUGUGUGUUCGUAAUGCUCAGAGAGAGAACAAAAGCAGUGUUGACAUCAGUUUAUAGGUACUGUGUUGCAAAAAGCAUUUGGUCCAUAUCUUUCAGUGGCUUCAUAUAGUUAAGGUUUAAUCAUAUCUUAGUGUUAAUACUAUUUGUUUGGUGUGGAAAUGAUUGGAUUUAUCCAGUUUCCAUUCUGCUGUAAGUUCUACCUGUGAGCGAUAGUAAUAAACUACUGGAUUUGUCGCGAGCAGAACCAGUAGGAAAGAAACUCUGUCUGUCUGUAGGCUAUUUUCAGUGUAAACAGUAUGUAGCAUUAGAAAGCAUUCAGUAAACGUUUUUGAAACGUUUCUUGCUGCAGUUGAGGGGUCAGUAGAAGUUAAUGGAGUUUGGGUAAAGUGUCCUUAUUCUCUGAUCACUGCCACCCCCAUUUCUCCUGCCCACUCCACUGUCUGUGUGCAAUAUUUCAUAAACUAUAAACUACUUUGAGCAUACUAAUCAUUUGUCUUGUUUAACAUUCUCUGAAUCAUAUAGAAUAUGAGGAUUCACAUUAUAAAUGUAUAAAGAGCUAAUUGGGAACCAGUUGACAGUAUUGUUCUGAAAUAGUAUUCAUAUUAUAUUAUUAUUUAUUAUUAUUUUAGAAGUUAAUCAGUUAAUCUAGACAUUAUUUGGUCUCCUUAUGAAACCUCCUAUUUGUGGAUAUCCUCAAAUUACCUGAUAGUUAAUAUAUAUAUACAUAUAUACAUAUAUUUCUCCCCUACAAGUACAUAACUUUUUUGUAAAGAAGUACAAAUUUUGGUGUAUUUUCGCAUAACCUUAAGGUCCUUUGGUCACCUUUAAUGUCAGUUAAUGUAGCCAAUCCUCAGGACCAACAUUGCUGUUGUUAUUAGUAUUAUUAUUAUUAAUAUUAUUAUUAGUAUUAUACAUUCCCUGCCAGUAAAUGUAUGCCUUAACUUUAUAAUAAGGUACAUGUUAGAUUUUUUUUAACUUUAGCAAACAGAAGGAUUCUUUCUAUGCCUCUUUUUGAGAGCUCUGUGGAUCUAAUUUAUUUAAAAGUGUGUUAAGCAUUUUCAUCCUAUAUGUAGUUUUAAAUGGCAUUCUGUGAGUGGUAAAUUGUCAACAAUUGAUCAGAAUUCAUUCAUUUUGUGAAACAAUGUACUUCCUAUAUCCACUGCCCCUAUAAAACAAUUUUCCCUUUUGUUUCAUGCAAUGGCAUGUUGGUAAAAGACGAUGAAAAAAUAAUCCAAAAUAAGUGAUAGCCAUUUACUAUGCAAAUGUGUACAGUGCUGCAUGCUAAUGCUUUAUCUGCCUCUGCAACUUAAUGGCUUCAAAUGGAGUUCAAAUGGAAUUGUGGGUAUUACUUGUGCAGGACGGUAUUUGAGAGAAAUACAAAACUGCAUGCAUAUUAUUCCAUUUGCAUCGUCAGAUUAAAGGGACACUAUAUGGUUCUGGGAAACAGAUGUGUAAGAUUUAGUAAGUUUUCUUUUGUAAAAUAAAUUUGAAUGUCAAAAGAGUG